CUUUAUUUUAUUGUCGAUUCAAAUUUUUUUAACUGAGGAAAAUUCAAACAAUGAUCAAUUAUAAGGUUCCUUAAUUUUAGUAUAAAAGAGUAUCAGUUGCUUUAUAAGUUCUCGCAAGCUACCAAACAAUUUUAAGAAGCGUGUGCAUAUGGUAGGUCAGAAGUAUUUUACAAACCAACCAAUUCUCAGAAAUUUUGACCUAACUUCUGCAAAAAAAAAAAAACCCCAACGACAUAAGAGGUAUAUUCUUUACUAAAUGGGCCAGCUCAAUUGUUGUGAAAGAAGAAGUGAUACAAAUGAAAGGAAAGACAAAUACACGGAACGAUACAAUGAAGGGGUAGGAAAGAUUAAUCAUCAUGAACAAUAUCGGGUUGAAAGGACACUGCGGACCACGUCAUCUGAGAGUGGACAACAACAAGCGAAUAGUAUUGGCACUCAAAGCUCAUUAUCUGGUAGUGUAAAAGUUGGACAACCACGACUGAACAGUUUUGGCGCCCAAAGCUCAUCAUCUGGUAAAGUAAAACCAGGACAACCACGACUGAACAGUUUUGGCGCCCAAAGCUCAUCAUCUGGUAAAGUAAAACUAGGACAACAACAACUGAAUAGUAUUGGGGCCCAAAGCUCAUCAUCUGGUCCUUUAACAGCUGGAAAACAAGGACUGUACAGUAUUGGCGUCCAUAGCUCAUCAUCUGAUUGUGUAAAAGUUGAAAAACAACGACAGGGAAGUAUUGGCGCCCAAAGCUCAUUAUCUGGUAGCGUAAAAUUGGGUCAUUACCAACAUGUUCGGAUUGGCACACAGAUGCAGACCAACGAAAAAGAAGUUCCAACCGAAGGAGGUGAAGAAGAUAUUCUAACGGCUUUAACGAUGGCUGAAAGAUUCAGUGAGAAACUGGAAAAAAUACUAAGCAAGCUGGAAAAACUAGAUACAAUUCAAUCAUCUGUGGAGAAAAUUGAAGACUCGCUAUAUCUGAACUUGAAGAAAGAUCGAACCAACCAGGAGAGUUUCAAGAUCUCUGCGAAUAAAGACAUGAUCCAAGGCCUAAAGCAUGGAUUAAUGGGUUAA